CAUUGACACGCGUUGACGCCUCGUAGAUCAUCCACCGAGAUGGCUGGUAUGGACAGGUCUUACCUUCUUUCAUUGCUCCCUGUUGUUGCUCUCCAUCCUCCUUAAUUGCAUUGUAGCUAGCUAGCAGUGAACAUGGCAGAAGACAAGCAGCAGCAAGCUUCCAAGAGCAAGAAUGUGCUCGGCCAACCACUCUCCUGGUUUGCGAAGGGCGAGGGCUACUACAAAGAUGGCUACUGUCACCACUCAGCUUCGGAUGACAAGCAACCACGAGGCAACUACUCCAUCGCGGCCACCUUGACUCACUCUUUCCUGCAAUCCGAGUACGGCGAUGACAAGCCCUACAAAGGCCACUCCGCCGGCCAGAAAAUGUGCCUGUCUGCGCACGACUUCAAGAGUGCCGUGAGGGAGAUGGGUCCGGAUACUGGGCCCAAGGUCGAUCUGAGUGCGACGGACGAGAGGGCAUUGGAGGUCGUGAGCUUGGACUUGCUGAAAAAUUAUGCUGCGAAAGGAGCAUCGAAGAGUGAGAACAAAGGUGCAGAAGGUGCGCAGGGCAGUGCCAGACAGGGUGGAGGAGCACAAGGGGUGAAGGUGAAAGAGGGUAGCCAGAUUGGAGGAGACCAGGGCCAAGGCUCCAGAGACAAGAGUCAGAAUGUAAAGACGGACGCGAAGCCGGAGGGAAGCGGAGGGCAGAAGGGUUGAUGGGUGUUCGACGGGAAGAGAAGGGACGAGCUGCAAAUUGAUCAGUAUUACUACAGUGAACGGCAUCUUUCAAAUCCCAGCUUUGAGUGAGCUUGGUCACACUGACGUGCAAGCAGAUACG